AUGAAAUAUUUAUAUGUGAUUAUUGCUAUUUCAUGCGCUUUAUUAAACAAUACGAAUGCUUAUCAACAUGACUUGGUUGAACCUAUAGACAAACCUUUUGUGGAAAAUUAUGAAUCCAAAGAAUUAAGUUUUUUAACUUUUGGUGAUUGGGGCUUUGCAGGAGUUGAAGUGGGACAGGAGGUAGGAAAUCAAAAUAAAGUUGCCAAAGCCAUGGCAAAGUGGAGUGAACAAUAUCAUAGUAAUUUUGUUUUAAGCGUUGGAGAUCAUGAAGGUGUUUCAAGCGUAUAUGAUACAAAAUGGGAAAAGGUCUGGAAGAAUGCAUAUCAAGGAAGAUUAGCCAAGAUUCCUUGGUACAAUGUAGCCGGAAAUCAUGACUGGUACGGCAAUAUUACAGCUCAGAUUGAUUAUAGCUUGAAUUUUGACUCUCGAUACUUCUUCCCAUCUGCAUAUUUUGUUCGUGAAUCAUAUUUUGGUCCAAAUAAAACAAAAGUUGCAUGGAUCCAUAUCGAUACAAAUAUCUUUUAUUAUGAUUUUGCAGAUCGUGAAGAUGCUGAACGUUCGGGUAUGAAAUAUAACUUUGAAAAAUUUGGAUGGCAAAGUUUACAAGCAAUUGAAGAUAAAUUCAAAUGGAUUGAAGAUCGGUUGAUUGAACAACAGAGUUCAAAUGGAUUUUCGUCGUCGGUAGGACAUCAACCUCUUAUUGGUAAAUGUGCUCAGAAAUUUCAAAUGGGAAGGUUUCGACCACUUUUUGAAAAAUAUCGUGUGGCAGCAUAUUUUUCAGGACAUGAACAUGUUUUAGAAUUGGAAACAUCAAAGGUUGGCCAACCUGUUACGUAUUUCAUUUCAGGAGCUGGUAGUAAAACUGAUGGAAAAUGUGAGGGAUUUGAUUGGGGUUUGCCUGAAGGAGCGUUGGGUUUCUUACAUACCAUUAUAAAUGAAGAUGAUAUGUAUUAUGAAUUUGUUGACUCUUCAACCCUUGAGCCUAAAGUGGUUUAUCAGGGGAAGAUAUUACCAAUAUAA